AUAUGUUCUAGAUUAGAUCUGCUAGGGCAAAGCAGACAGAGAAGUUUCAACAUUUCUUUUAUCGCCAAUAUGUCCAAACUACAGUUGUUGAAUGUGUUUGUCACCGAGCGUUUGUCGGCGACUGCUGUGGAGAUAUUCGGGGCCGUGGAGAAGACCAUUGCAGAGUUUCAGGAACUAAUCUUAUGUUCAGCAGAGGAGAACGAGCGUCUACGGAGGCUGUUGGCCAUGGUUAUCAAACCAGAGAUAAAGUUACACAAAGUUGACUUCCUGGAACUCACUCCAGUCGUUCCUCCUGAGCAGCAGAACUGUGAGCAGGAGUGGAGCCCCAGUCUGGGGCAGGAUGACCCAGAACCCACACAGAUUAAAGAGGAACAACAGGAGCUCAGACUCAGUCAGGAGGACCCACCUCAGCCCUCACAUCUUUACCAAAACCAAACUGUGGAUGACGGAGAGAGGGGUAUUCUACCUAUCAUCAUAACUGAAGAGAUCAAAACAGAACCUGAUGUAGAGGGCUACAGAGUACCAGAACUAACCAGUGAUCAGCCCUACUCAGUUCAUCCAGACUGCUCUGCUGCAGUGGAGAAAACAUAUCAGUGUAAACAAUGUGGCAACAGCUUCACACGUAAGGGACACUUGACCAUCCAUUCAAGGAUACACACUGGGGAGAAACCUUAUCAGUGCAAACAAUGUGGUAGAUGUUUCAAUGUUCUGAGUAACCUGAAACAGCAUAUGAGAAUACACACAGGACAGAAAUCUUAUCAAGAUAGAAUUGACAUUGCAUAUGAGAGUUCAUACAGGACAGAGACCAUACAGCUGUCCUGUAUGCAGGAAAAGUUACAUGGCAUUAAGCCAUUUAAGACGUCAUCAGAGCGUUCACACAGGGGAGAAACCUCAUCAGUGCAAAGAAUGUGACAAAUUCUUUAGUUAUAAAGGAAGCUUGAAGUUGCAUAUGAGCACUCACACAAAAGGGAUACAUAAUAUCACUGCAAUGAGUGCAGCAAAAGCUUCAGCCUGAAGUGAAAACAACAAAUUAUACUUCAUCAUUGUGGAUUUCUUGUUACAUCCAACUUUUAAAUUAAUGUUCUAUUUUCUGGCACGAGACAAAAAAACGAAUUGAGUUGUGUGUGUGGAGGGGGAAGCAUCACUCAGUGUCAGCUUUUUAAGAUGAAUCUAGCUCUCACUUUCAGGGACCUACCAUCCAGGACACUGCUGGCUUCAGGAAGUCCUCACCGCUGUAUUUAGCAUAGAGCACACACUUGGAUUUGUAAACAACAGGAGUUCUUAUUCAAUUGUUUAACAAUGACAUACAGGAUAUUUGGGCCACUAUCUUCUAUCUGUACUGACAACUGCAUGUUAGAAUAGUGAAGUACCCCAUCACACCUGUAUUGACUCAAUA